AUGUACAAUAAUAAUUCCUUCAUUAAUAAUAAUAAUAAUAAUAACAAUUCAAAUUCCAAUACAAAUACUACUAACAAUAAUAAUAUGGAUAAUUUAAUUAAUAAUUUUAAUUAUCUUCAAAUUGGAAAUAAUGAUAAAACCAAUAGAUCCUAUAAUAAUUAUCAAUCUUCAUCAAAAUCUACAACAACAAGUACUACUACAACCACUAAUAAUACAAAUAAUAUAACUAAUCAACCUGGAAAUGAAUCACCAACUAGAAAAACCAAAUCCAUCAAUUCAAAACAACAACCUUCCACUAGCCUAGUCAAUUCAUCUAUUCAACAACAACAACAACCAAAUAAUAAUUCAUCUACUACUACUACUACUACUACAGCAGCAGCAACCUCAACAACAUCACCACCAACACGACAAGGCAAAGUAGUUUCUUAUAGUGCUGUUAAAGUGAUUGGUAAUGGUAGUUUUGGUGUUGUAUUUCUAGCUAAAGUACAAGAAACAGGAGAUAUAGUAGCUAUUAAGAAAGUACUUCAAGAUAAGAGAUUUAAAAAUAGAGAAUUACAAGUAAUGAAAACAUUAUCACAUCCAAAUGUUGUUGAAUUGAAAAAUUAUUUUUAUUCAAGAGGUGAUAGAGAUCCAGAAGAAGUAUAUUUAAAUUUAGUAUUAGAAUAUGUACCUGAUACAGUUUAUAGAUUUUGUAUGAAUUAUGCUAAACAUAAUUCCUAUGUACCAAGUAUUUAUGUUAAAUUAUUUGUAUUUCAAUUAUUACGUUCAGUGAUAUAUAUACAUUCACUUGGUAUUUGUCAUCGUGAUAUAAAACCACAAAAUUUAUUAAUAGAUCCAGUGAGUGGAAUUUUAAAAUUAUGUGAUUUUGGAAAUGCAAAACAAUUAAAAGAAGGAGAACCUAACGUAUCAUAUAUUUGUUCAAGAUAUUAUAGAGCACCUGAAUUAAUAUUUCAAUCAACAAAAUAUACUUGUUCAGUUGAUGUAUGGUCAUGUGGAUGUGUUAUGGGUGAAUUAAUGUUAGGUACUCCUUUAUUUCAAGGUGAAAGUUCAGUUGAUCAAUUAGUUGAAAUUAUUAAAGUAUUAGGUGCUCCUUCUAAACAAGAUAUUUUAGCAAUGAAUAAGAAUUAUACUGAAUUUAAAUUUCCACAAGUUAAACCAAAUCCAUGGGAUCAAGUUUUUGCAGAUAGAUUUCAAUUUUUACAACGUAAUUAUCAAGCUAAUAAUGGUUCAAAUUCUGGUUCACAAAUUGAUCCUUUCAUUGAAAUGAAUAAUAGUGUUGAUUUAAUUACAAAAUUAUUACAAUAUGAUCCAAAACGUAGAAUUACUCCAAUGGAUGCUUUAGCUCAUCCUUUCUUUGAUGAAUUAAGAAUACCCAAUGUUAAAUUACCAAAUGGUAAACCUUUACCUUCUCAUUUAUUCAUCUUUUCAGAUCAAGAAUGGUCAAUGUUACAAAAUCAAGAUUUAAAAGAUUCUAUUUUACCAAGACAAUAG